AUGAUGCACGUGUUACAAUUGGCUGGCAUACCGCGCCUGUCGAUUCUACGUGAAUUCUACGUGAAUCGCGUGCGAGAACGACGUGAUCAGUUGUUGGCGAUCUGUCAGCGAGGACGUGCCGCACUGUUGAAACCAGCCGAGAGACGAACCCUGUCGAAGAAACGACCGACAAGACGUGAUGACGGAUCACGUAGCGAUUCAGACGAGGAUACGACAGCGCUGACACCGAAACAUAAACGUGAACGCACGACCACGACUACAACCACAGCAACUACCACGACAACAGGCACUGAUAAAGAUACUCCGUCUGAGCUGAAUUUCUUAGAGGAUUGA